UUUGCUUGUUCACUUUUCCCCAUUGUAGGCGAAGAAAGACUGGAUUAAGUGCGCUCUCCCACCAGCAGUAAUCCAGAGCGGUGACGUAACCAGCCUCUGUCUCCAAACGGGACUUUCUAGCAUUAGUGCUAAGAGAGAGCAGAGCGCCUGGCACCACUGCACUCAUCUUUCAACAUAGCGCUAUACUUUCACAACUUUUAAAUCACUUCUGGUAACUUAAAAACUGAAAAGGUCAUAAAGGAAAAAAAUGGGGUGUUUCGAAUGCUGCAUUAAGUGCCUGGGAGGAGUUCCUUACGCCUCGCUGGUUGCCACCAUUCUUUGUUUCUCUGGUGUUGCGCUCUUCUGUGGUUGUGGCCAUGUUGCAUUAACUGGGACUGUGUCCAUUCUGGAAAACCACUUCUCAAAGACUGUCAGUGAUCAUGCUUUGCUAACCGAAGUAGUACAGCUCAUGCAGUACAUCAUUUAUGGAAUAGCAUCAUUUUUCUUCUUGUAUGGAAUCAUUCUUUUGGCUGAGGGAUUCUACACCACCAGUGCUGUAAAGGAACUUCACAGUGAAUUCAAAACUACAGCCUGUGGACGAUGCAUCAGUGGAAUGUUUGUGUUCUUGACCUAUGUACUCGGAGUUGCCUGGCUGGGUGUGUUUGGCUUCUCGGCUGUACCUGUGUUUUUGUUCUACAACAUGUGGUCGACCUGCCAAGUCCUCAACUCUCCAAUGGCAAACAUGACUUCAUCGAUUGAAUCCAUCUGUGUGGAUGUCAGGCAGUACGGAAUCAUUCCUUGGAACGCAGCUCCUGGAAAGGCCUGUGGCGCAGUGUUAGGAGAAAUCUGCAACACAAGCGAGUUCUACUUGUCCUACCAUCUGUACAUCGUGGCCUGUGCCGGAGCUGGUGCCACCGUUAUUGCAUUGAUUCACUUCCUCAUGAUACUGUCAGCAAACUGGGCCUACUUAAAGGAUGCAAGUCACAUGCAUGUGUACCAAGACAUCAAAAUGAAGGAAGAGCAAGAGCUGCAAGACAUCCAGUCCCGAUCAAAGGAACAGCUCAGUUCUUACACAUAAGGACAUAACAUAUUCUACAUUCACCAACCAUAGUAAUUCAACAAGAUAAUAUUCAGAUAUGAUAACUAUACAAACUGCCCUCUGCAGUGCAGUGCUAAUGUGGGUCCCCCUAACAGACUAAUCCAUAAUGUUGCUUUCUACACUAACUCUCUUGGAAAAGUUUGUAGGAACCUCCUUUUGUGUUAUAUUUUUUAUUUUGUUUUAUAACAAAAUAUAUAUUCAAAAGUAUGCCAAUUUGAAUAUUUCUUUUUGCGUGUAGACUUUCACCCUUUCUUAACCAGCCUGUACUGGUAAAGCGUAAAACAUUGCACUAUUUUUUUUACUUAACAAAAACAAAACAAAAAACAUGUUCAGCUGCUUUACGGCACGCUCUUCUUACUUUAGCAAAUUUAACAGCUGCUAAAUAAAAAGAAAAAGAGUGUAGCUUCUUCUGAGCUUAAUGUUCCUUCAUCUUUCAUUAAAGAUUAUAUUCACAAUACAAUAUAUGCGCCUUACACAUGAACCAGUUUAAAGGGGGGAAAAAAUGAAAUGCAAUGUGUUAUUUCUACAUGCACGAUUGUCAUUGUAUGUUUAGUCUUGAAUUUAAGCAAAAUGAGAACGCAGUGGUAAGAAAUCAUAUUGCAGCAACAUUCCAUAAAAAAUCAACCCUGCAUGCAUUCCUGUUUGGGGGAUUGGGGGUGGGAUCUAGAUAGGUAGAUUAAUACCUCUUUAGCAUAAGGCUUAGGCAUAAUAAGAUUUUCAGGAUUUCAGGAGGAUUCACUACUACUACUUUGUCUUUUUUGGGGCACCUCCAUUUGAUCUCCUUUUUCCAUUUUUCGUAUGUUCCAUGGGAACACUCAGCAUGGUAAAACAAAUGCUGAUGUAAGACCCGGAGGAAAAACUACCUCUGCAUGUAGGAAACUGUCAAACUGAUUUCCUUUAAACAGGUUGAAUACUCUUUAUUUUAAAUGAGUUCAUAUCGUUUACCCAAGAAAAUGGAUAGCCGAUACAGAAACAAGUAGGUUUUUUUUAAAGCAGAAAUAAAAAUGACUUAAUGUUCUUGCACGGUAGCAAAACUGCCUAACCCAAUUAAAACACCUGUACACAAACUGAAGUGUUUAAACAGUCAUCUGUAACCUAAACAACAUAUAAGGGGAUUUGUAGGGAAAUCCAUCUCUACUCCCUCACAACUUGGCUGAGUUUGGGCUCUGCAGGAUUACAAGAAGCCUGUAGCACCUGUUUUCACUCCAGCAUUAUCUAUUGGGUCCCUUAACCUAGCAGGUUUUACCAUCUCAACAUAUGGCAAGCAUAACCCAGGGUACUAAUUUAAACUUUAGUACUGUACGUUAGCAGAGUCAACCAAUGGGGAUUGAAUCCACAACCUCCCCAAUCUUUAAGCGCCUUUAACCACUACACCUUUAAGUAAGGCUGAUGGAAACCAUGGAGAAACACUCCUAUUUCUUCACAGUGUAACCUUCCAGUACCACUCCAGCUAUCACUGCUAACAUACCCAAACAAAGCUGGGUUUCAUCUAGCUGCAAAGGCAGCCAAGACAGCCAAAGCAGGAUGCUUGAAUGUUUAUAGCCAGCAACUGGCACAUGGAAGUUCUAAGGUAUUUCAGCCCUUGCCUGUUGUACACAUAAUUUGUGUUGAUUGUGUAAUACAUGCAUCUUUUAAAGCAUCAGGAAUAUGCUGUUUUGGUUUUUAAAAAAAUGUUAUUGGUUUUACUGCUGCUAUGUAUUUGGUAUGAAAACCACUAAAAUAUUGUAUUAAUAAUUCUUUAAUAAUCUCUGAAAAUGUUUGUCAAUAUUGUUCAGAUGUGUAAAGGUUAAAAAACGGACUUGUGUUACUGAUGUACACUCUGUUUUAUGUUAGGUAGAAGAGAUGUACUGGAAUAUCUUAGUGUUAAAUCGUUAUUGCAUGGAAGAGAGUAACUGUUUAUGCAGUAAUACAGGUGAUGUGUCGUCAUUUGUUUUGACAAACUAUGGUAGGCAGCGUUUGCCCACAUCCUUUUAUUAACGGAGAUACAUUUAAAUGUUUUUAGUGAACAUGGCAGUUUUUAGUUUUUUAUUGUAUUUUCUUUUUUUUCAAAAAGUCAAAAGGUACCAAUUUUGAAACCGAAUAGUAAAUCAAUAUUUUCUAUGAGUGCCAA